AUGUCUUUCAAAAGCAGAGGUGGAGGUGGAGGUGGGGGUGGAGAGCAGCCAUCAAGAAGUAGUGUUAUAUCUCAAAAAUGGGCUCUUUUUCUUUGUAUUGGUAGUUUUUGUGUUGGGAUGCUCUUUACUAAUAGAAUGUGGGUAUUGCCGGAAUCCAAAGGUAUUUCAAGGAGUACAGUAGGAGAAGGAGAAAGCCUAAAGUUAGUUUCAGAGGGCUGUAAUCCUAAAUUUUUGCAGCAAAAAUAUGUGAAAAGGGAAUCUAAGAACAUUUUAGGGGAAGUUCAAAAAUCUCAGGAUGCUUUACUGACAUUGGACAAAACAAUUUCUAAUUUGGAGAUGGAAUUAGCAGCAGCUAAGGCAGCGCAAGAGUCAAUUCUCAGUGGGUCUCCAUUAUCUGAAGACAUGGAGAAGACCGGAAUUCCUGUUAGAAAAAAAUACUUUAUGGUUGUGGGAAUUAAUACCGCAUUUAGCAGUCGAAAAAGAAGAGAUUCGGUCCGUGCUACAUGGAUGCCCCAAGGGGAGAGAAGAAGGAAAUUAGAAGAAAAAGGAGUCAUCAUUCGUUUUGUUAUUGGUCACAGUGCAACUGUGGGAGGUAUACUGGACAGAGCUAUCGAAGCUGAGAACAAAAAACAUGGAGAUUUUCUGAGGCUGGAUCAUGUUGAGGGGUAUCUUGAAUUGUCUGCGAAGACAAAAUCAUAUUUUGCUACAGCAGUUUCCAUGUGGGAUGCGGAGUAUUAUGUCAAAGUUGAUGAUGACGUCCAUGUAAAUAUAGACAUGUACUACACAAGUAUGCUAAUGAAGAUGUCUCACUGGGAGCUUGGUUCAUUGGGCUGGAUGUACAACAUAUUGAUGAUCGAAGAUUAUGCUGUGGCACCCCGCCUGAUUGUGAAUGGAAGGCACAGGCAGGCAACAUAUGUGUUGCCUCUUUUGAUUGGAGCUGCAGUGGGAUUUGUAGGUCUGUUGACAGAAUCAAAGAGGUUCAUCGUCGAUGUGGGGAAGCUGAAAACGCAAUAUUGA